CGGGUUUGAAAUCAACAACCACAAAAAAAAGGAGCAAAAAUAACAAAAAUCGUUGCUUGGCAAAAUAAAUAACAGAACUUCCAAUGCAGGUUGCUCGCUAUAAACAUGAGUCUAAUAAUCCUUCAGAGUUUCCUUUUUUAUGUCUUCUCAGUAUGCAAACGAAUUCUCUUGAAGCUAAAAGGAUCUUCUUGAUAUUUCGUGUAACGCACAAUUUCUUUACAUAAGUGUUGUGUAUUCAAUUUCAAAAAAAAAUCCUUUAUCUCUGUUUUGCAUAAUUUUCCUCCGCCUCUCUUACAUCUCUUGUGUGUCUUCGAUUUGGGAAAUAAGAUAAAGUGCAAAUGUGACUUAAUAAGUGGAAAAUUAUCUUUAAAUAUAGCCAAAAAAAAAGAGGAAGUGAUAAGUCUUUUUGGAAAUUGUUUAAAACACAAAUGUCAAAUGUGAUACGUAAAAUGUGAUGAAUCAAUAAUUUUGUGCAAAAUUGAAAGGACAUGACAAGACUUUAAAAUAUCAAUAGAAUUAAAGGAUUUACAACAACGACGUCAAACGUAAAGCAAAAAAUUCACACGGUAAAGCAAAGUUUGUUUAAUCAAUAAACAAGUCAUAAAAUGUUAGUGAUAACAAAAUAAUAAUUUUAAUGAUUCAGAAAAGCAUAUCCAUAGCAACAGGAUAUAAGUUUUUAUUGUGAAAUGUAAAAGGCAAAAGAAAAAAAAAAUCGUGAAAAAUAAAUUUGUGGUUCUUUUACAAAUAAAGUGCAAAAGAAGUCAGAGGAAAAACUUUUUCUUCGUUCACGCGAAAGCAAUUAAAUUGAGUUGAAAUAAUUAAUUGACUUGAGUUAUACGAGACAGAAGAUUUAAACAUCAUCAAGAAUGAUUCAUUUUGGCCGUUCUGAUUUUGAUAAUAUCGAUAAUGAGGCUUUAGAUUUUGAGCAAUUAGAAGCAUUUAUACAGAACAAUGCAGUUGUUCAUUCACCAUCACAAACUGCACAAACAGUAAUUGAAAACUCACAAAUCAAUCCAGCAAAUUUACCAGAAAGUCCACCUGAUUCAGGUUCUGAACCGCCUUAUAGUCCAAAUAUAAAAGGUGGAACGCAGAACAUUCAAAUUGACCAUAAUGCCUUAUCUAUGAAUACUUUAACGGAACUUCAUGUGCCUCAUCACAAUCAUCUUCAUCAUAAUUUACUGACUCCAUCGUCAGAGCUAUAUCUAGCGAAUGAUCAGCAGCAGCAAUUAAUUCAAAUCAAUAAUAUUUUACAUAAAAAUGAUGGAUCAAUUCUACAUCAUUCAACAACACAAGAUCAUCAAAUGGUAUUGUAUCAAGUGAAUCAGCAUGGACAAAUUAUGGAAUUGAAUCAUCAUCAUCUUCCGUCACUUAAUAAUAAUACUACUAAUAGCAAUAAUCGUUUAUAUAAAAGUGAUAUGUUGGACAUAACGGAUGCAACCACUCCACUAUCAACAAUGCACGACAUUCAACAGACCUUACAUUCAAGUACAAUAAAUGACAAUCUGCCAAUAAUAAUUGGUGGUAAUAAUAAUGGAGAUAAUUCAUAUCCUAGAAGUAUGGUUGCAGCACAUGAACAACAGCAGCAAUUGUCAAAUCAUAAUAUGACAAAUGGAAUUGGAAAUGUGAAGAAGCGAAAAAGUUUAGCUCAAAAUAGCUACAGCGAGGGGAAUUUGAAGCCAUUCGUUAAAAGCGAAGCGAAACUCCCUAAAAGCUAUCACGGAUCAAAGAGUAAGAAGAAGCAACAACAUCAUCAAAUUUCACAAGAUACGUGCACGUCAGAGGUACAGAAUGAAAUUAUUGUUGAUACAAAGAAGCACUUACAGCCACACAAUGAUACAAAAUCAUCAUUCGAACACUUUCAAGAGAAUUCAAGCAAUACAAAUAAUGAAAAUAAGAAUAGCAGUAAUUUCACGGAUAAUGUAAUAGCAAAAGGAAAUGAGAGCGGUUCGGACGGCUCACAAAUACAGUGUAUUCGAUUCAGUCCGUUUCAACAGCAUCAAUGGCACACAUUACUUGAUCACAAUCAUCAAGAACUUGCAAUGCCACAUUUUCGUGUCGAUGCUGAUAAGGGAUUUAAUUUUUCAAAUUCCGAUGAUGCUUUCGUGUGUCAGAAGAAAAAUCAUUUUCAAAUAACAUGCCACGUCCAAUUACAUGGAAAUGGUGUUUAUGUCAAGACACAAAAUAAUAUUGAGAAAGUGAGGACAUUUCACUUACACUUUUACGGUGUUAAACUUGAGACACCGGCACAGACAAUUCGCAUUGAACAAUCACAAUCUGAUCGGUCGAAAAAGCCAUUCUAUCCUGUUCUUGUGGACCUUCAAAACAGUCAAGUAGGAAAAAUCACUGUAGGACGGCUUCAUUUCUCAGAAACAACAUGCAAUAACAUGCGUAAGAAAGGACGACCAAAUCCAGAACAAAGAUAUUUCCAACUUGUAGUGGGACUUCAUGCACACACGUAUACAGGAUAUUUUCCAAUCAUCAGUCACGCAAGUGAGCGAAUCAUUGUUAGAGCUUCAAAUCCAGGUCAAUUUGAAGGAGAUGUAGAUUUAUGUUGUUGGCAACGUGGUGUUACACAAAAUUCGAUAUUUCAUCAAGGAAAGAUUGGAAUAAAUACGGACAUGCCUGAUGAAAGUUUAGUUGUGAGUGGAAAUUUAAAAGUAUCUGGGCAUAUUAUUCAACCAAGUGAUGUACGCAUUAAGUACAAUAUCAGCGAGCUCGAGACAAAUAGACAGUUGGAGAAUAUUAAUCAAAUUAGAAUAGUCAAGUAUCAGUACGAUGAGGCUUUUGCUGAGAACAACGAAUUGGAUAGUAAGGCAUAUCAAACGGGAAUAAUUGCGCAAGAAUUGCAAAAAAUAUUACCGGACGCUAUAUAUGAUGGUGGAAAUUUGAGACUUGCUGAUGGAACAAAUAUUGAUAAUUUUUUACAAGUCAAUAAGGACAGAAUAUUCAUGGAAAGUAUUGGUGCCGUAAAGGAGUUGUCUAGGAUUACAGAUAGCUUGGAGAAACGCCUUGAGAAUCUAGAGAAUCAUUGCAAUGCUGGAAUAUUUGAUAAGCUUAAAAUACUCCAAUUUCUUAUCAUUCUCAUGGUUUUUCUUACUGCACUUUGGUACUAAAACGUGAUAGUAAUGAAAGCAUAAAGUAAUAAAAGGCCUCAGUCAAUGGAAAUUUCCAUUCCAUUCCUCUUCUUCUCUUUUUGUGCUUUAUUCUUGUAUUUAACGAACCAAUUUAAAUUUUAUUGUACAUGGUUCAGGUGCAUUUCUUUCUUAAUUUAAAUUGACAUUUUUUUUUUGCUUCUUCCACAACCUUAAGAGCCAUGAUGCUUACGAUUUAUUGUAAUAUACAUAUUAUACUGAUUAAUAAAUGAGGAUCAAGAACUUGAAGUUUAUUGUAUUUAGAAGAUAGACAUUUGUUUCAGUACUGAUAAGAAUGAACUUUUGACCUCGGAAAAGGAACUAUUGAUGACUAUUUUGUUUUCGCUAUUUACUGUCUGUAUGCUAAUACAAACGUAGAAAAGUGAAAGAUAAGGCAAUUUUCAAUAUAUGACAAUUAUAAAAACACGCGACGACGAAAUAGUACCGUUGCUUAUAGUUGUGUGUAUGCAUUAUACAUGCUUACUCGCUUGUUACCAACUAUUUUUUUCUUCUGGAAGAAUCUUUGAUGACUCGCUUGCUCAUAUAUUGGUAGUAAUAAAAGAAUACUAUAGAUUCUAUGUGGUAGAUAAGGAAGAGUUUAAGAGUACAAAUUACAGCUGAUGAUGAAAUAUUGAGCAAGUCAUUGGGAAUUUUGGUAAAUUUUAAAAGAAUUUGCGAAUGACCUUCACGAAUUCCGUUCCUUUCUAUUUCAACACAUUUUCUCAUUCUAAAUAUUACAUUAUGAACAAUAAUAAAAGCUUUUACACAUGAAGAUUGUUGACGGUUGUCUUGUAUGCGUCACAGUAGUGCGCAUGAGCUCUAUAUCGUUAUCAGAAUGAAUGAGGAAAAAAAGAUUCACGGAAUUGCGAUUGUACUAGAAAGUAUCGUAAACUGGAUCUUUUAAAAUGACUUUUACACGCUCUUAAUGGUUCAAAAAUGAACAUCCAACUAUAUUUUAUGAAUGUAUGACUCAGGAAAUCUGUUGUAAACUUAUGCAAUCAUAAUUUAUAUGGCAAUUUUACGAUUUUUUUUCGAAACAAAGAAAUUUCACUUGAAAUGUAUUUAGAAAAUUUAUUUUCUCAACUUACCAAUUAUUAAUCAUUUUGGCAGGCAUACUACUUGUAUCUCUCAAUGAUGCUGAUUCAAAUAAACACUGAACAAAAAAUUAAAAUGGCUUUUCUAGCGCAAAAUAGUUUUAAUUAAAUAGUUUUCAGAUUUUAGUGAUCUCACUUGAACGACUUGAUUCUUUGAUAUGAAUGGGUCCACAACUUAUAAA